ACCUUUUUUUCACUAUAAUUAACCCGACUAGGGUUCAAGGUACAAAUCACCCCCAAAUCCCCUUGCUUCGCUUAUCAAAUUACUCUUCAAUCUUCAAUAUUUUCUUCGAUUUUGCUGAAUUUAAGUAUAUUUCUAUAGUUUUCGCUUCUAACGAUGCCAAAAAAGAGUAAAGGAGAAACAGUGGAAGUAGCAGCAGCUGAUGUUGUAGAAAAGGAGAAACAAAUUUCUUCGUCUAAAUCCAAAAAGCCCGGCAGUGAAAUCGACGAUAUUUUUGCUGGAAAAAAGAGGAAGAAACCGGAAUUACAAGAAAAAUCAAGCGGAGAUGCCGUUUCAGAGCCGAAAAAGCUGAAGAAAAACAAGGUAAAAGGUAGUAGGAUUCCGAAAGAUAAUGUGUUAUCUGAGCAACCACGUCGGUCGAGGAAGAAAACGGCAGAUGGGUUUACUUUAUACACGGAAGAGGAGUUGGGUAUUGGGAGGUCUAAUGCUGGAGGAAUAUCCGAAGAUGUCACGCCCGUCGUAUAAGCGGUUGCACCUAGACAUACUUCAUAAAUAAUCAGCAUUGGUUAUAACUUUGCAAAAGUCAGAGAUGAUCUCAUGUGAAAUGCCGUGAUAGCAAAGGCAUCAGAGGAGAUAGGUAGACCAGUAUGAGUACACUGAAUAGUUCUUCACUGUAGACACUGUGGGUGCAGGACUCACGUCUACGGACAAGCUCAUGAAGCUUACCUGUAAACUAUGUUGCUCAGACUCUUCAAAAAAUGGUGAUGGGUGCGUGUCGGAUACUCCAAAAGUGGUGCAUUUUGGAGAAUCUGACAUGGGUGCAGCAACAAUUUUGGAGAGUCCAAGCAACAUAGCCUGUAAACACAAAAGUACUUAGGUCCCUAUAUUAAUAUAAGAAGUGUUAUUUUGGUAUUAUCCAAGCAUUGCGACAAUCAGGUAAUUAUAAAGAAGUGGGGAUAAGACCAUCUGGAUCAUUGCCUGUAUCCAUGUGAAUGCCAUGCUUGGGCUGUUUAAUUAGUUCCAGAUUUGGUGAUCUGAUGAAGAUGGUUCCAUCAUCUGGGAGUUUGGAGUCACCGAUCUGGCCAACAUUUUCAGGACCAGUAAGAAAAGAUGAAACCACUUUGAGUAGUUCCUUUUAACGUGGCAUUUCUGAAAUUGGAACAAGGUCCUUAAUGUGAAGAAAGGGUCCAAACAUGAUGGGAAGAAAAGAAUUGAAAGGAGAAAAACAUCAAUGCGCUAGGAGCAAAAGCAGCAAGUUGAAGGUUAGAGAAUGGUGUUGGCGGCAUGCUGAUGCCUAUCAGAGCAAUGUGCAAAGGCUAGCAGAAUGGCACAUAAAAGUGUCAUGGAGGGAGAAAAGCUUAGGUGUUUGUCAGAGUAACCCGUGAGUUAGUCAUGCCAAGGAGAGGGACUGAGCGUGCAGCUAGAAAGAGGAGAGAAAAAUAAGGCUAGGGAAACCAAACCUCCCAGGUGUGGGGUUGUAUUGUUAUAGCUCAUCCUGGAGGCCUUCAUGAAGUGCCUAAUACUUGUUUGAACUGUGAAGAAUUACUUGCACAAUCUAAUUCAAGUCACCAAUUUCAUUUGUGCUUGGAAUAAUCUAAGAGUGUGGCAACAUUUUUGGAAUAAUUUUGGAGACCUCUCUAGGUUUCCUUCGCAACAUUGACCUCUCUUGUGGCUUACAAUAUUAUGCUUACCUCUUGAUUUUUGUAAUAAUUCAACAUUAAGGGUUAUGUACUAAUUAAAUCAUUGACCAAAGUUUAAGGCCCGGUUGUCCUAAAGACCUUCUCUCCCUUCUUUCAUUAUUGAAAAUAUU